GAGCAGCGCCCGAAGCUCAAAUGAGCCUCGUUUAGUGCGAUCACCUCAGUUCAGCCCGAGACUCCCGCAGACGCGCGUCUCUCCCCGGACUCUCCGCGCGUUUCAACGGUCGUACGCUGCGUGUGGAUUUACAAAGCCCUUUCUCAACAGGAUUAUUAACUCAGUCAUUCACAACCUGUCAGGCGGACUUGUUCUCUUUGAGGAAUACAGUGGUCGCUUUCCAGCUUGAGGGAUGGAAUUAAUGAGAUCGAAGAAAAGUUGGGAUUUGUAGGUAAAAUGGAGAGAUAAAGCUCGUCUACAGAGCUCACCAAGGUGGAAGCAGCGGUAAUUCACAACGAGAGGAAAUGCACAGAGCUUGGGUUCUCCUCGUUGUAAUAGAAGAGGGAUUUGCCCUGGCGCAGAAAAUUAAAGAGACGCAGAAUGCGGGUGAAUCUCUGUCUAACGCCGAGCAAUGCGGCCAGUGGACUCGAAAUAUCAACGGAGGCCUGUUUACAUCUCCAAACUAUCCUAACUCCUAUCCGCCCAACAAGGAGUGUGUAUACAUCCUAGAAGCUCUCCCUCGGCAGAGAAUUCAGCUGGCCUUUGACAAAACAUACUAUAUUGAGCCUUCCUUCGAGUGCCGCUUCGACCAUAUUGAGAUAAGGGAUGGUCCCUUUGGUUUCUCCCCUCUUAUUGAUCGCUUCUGUGGGCCAAAGAGUCCAGGCGUGGUCACGUCUACGGGCCGCUUCAUGUGGAUUAAAUUCACCAGCGACGAGGAGCUUGAAGGCUUAGGUUUCCGCGUCAAAUACACUUUUAUAGCAGACCCAGAUUUUCAUUUGCACGUCGGUGGAUUGCUAAAUCCAAUUCCAGAUUGCCAGUUUGAGAUCAGUGGCACAGAUGGAGUCAUCCGCUCCAGUCAGGUGGAAGAAGAGGAUAAGAUCAAAAAUGGGGAUGCGUUGGACUGCAUCUGGACCAUCCGUGCCCCUCCGCAGUCCAAGAUAUACCUUCGCUUCCUCGAGUACCAGAUGGAGCACUCGAACGAGUGCAAGAAGAACUUCGUGGCCGUGUAUGACGGCAGCAGCGCCAUCGAGAACCUGAAAGCCAAGUUCUGCAGCACGGUGGCCAAUGACGUGAUGCUGGAUACUGGAGUGGGUGUCGUGCGCAUGUGGGCCGACGAGAGCAGCAGACUCAGCCGUUUCCGCAUGCUCUUCACCUCGUUUGUAGAUCCUCCAUGCUCCAGCAGCACCUUUUUCUGUCACAGCAACAUGUGCAUCAACAACUCACUGGUGUGCAACGGCGUUCAGAACUGCGUUUACCCCUGGGAUGAGAACCACUGUAAGGAGACAAAGUCCAAAGGACUCUUUCACCAAAUCACAAAAACGCACGGCACUGUAAUCGGCAUCUCUGCCGGCGUGGUCCUGGUCUUGCUCAUCAUCUCCAUCCUGGUGCAAAUGAAGCAACCGCGUAAGAAAGUAGUGGCCCGUCGUCCGGCGGUCUUCAACAAGGGCGGCUUCCAAGAGGUCUUCGAUCCCCCCAACUAUGAGCUCUUUUCCCUCCGUGACAAGGAGCUGUCGUCAGACCUGGCCGAGCUGUCGGAUGAGCUGGAUGGCUACCAUAAGCUGCGUCGCUCCUCCACCAUGUCUCGCUGCAUCCACGAGCACCACUGUGGCACCCAGGCCCCCUCGAGCGGCAGCACCAAGCAGAGCCGCACCACGCUCAGCUCGAUGGAGCUCUCUUACCACAACGAUUUCUCCAAGCCACCGCCCAUGAAGACCUUCAACAGCAGCAACACCGGCACCUACAAGAAGAGCUGCUAUGGCUACAAACAGACUCACGACUGCGCCGAGCAGGUGAUCGAGGACCGCGUGAUGGAGGAGAUCCCCUGUGAAAUCUACGUGAGGGGUGGGAGCGUAGGAGGGGCUGCGGGCAGCAUCGGAAGUGGCUGCGGGAGCAUUACCAUCCGAAACCAUGGCAGUGCUCGUAGCAACAACACCACCGUGGUGGACCCGGGACAACGCUCCAUAUCCAUGGACUUCUGAGACGGCGGAGAAGGACGAAGGAGAACGAGAGCCCUGACCACACACUGACUUUGUCCUGCAUUGCUGUUUUUAAUGCAUGGGCUCCAGUGUCAUAUAGACAUGCACGGAUUGCACUGAGUGAACGGACUGUACAUGGACAGGCGGAGAAGGCGACGCGUGGCUGGCGAUUUUAAUCUAUGUAAAUUUUAAAUGAAAGAUAAACAGUAUGUAGGUUUUGUGUUGUUGCUUGGCAUUAACUCACGUUUUGCAUAAUUUGACUUUGUGGAUAACUCGAAUUAUGCUCAAAUAAAGAUGACCUAUUAUGAACUGAAGGCAAAUCCAUCCCCCGCUGUAACCUUAAAAGCUGUUCACACCAAGGAUGAUAACUAUAAAGUUUUAAUAAUAGUUCACACCACAAGUGCACAAAAAAAAAAAUUAGAAAGUACUUUUUAUUGAAACUUAUAAAAAAAAAAAUGUCAAUCAGCACAUUUAAUUAAAUGUGAAAUGUUACUGGAAAGUAAACAGACUGAAAGAAUUUUCUUGAAAAACAUACUUCGAUACAUAAACUCUUAAACAUGAAAGCUUCCAAAAGGGUGUUUUUGCAGUCAUGCCAUAGAAGAACCUUUUUUGGUUCCCCAAAGAACCUUUCAGUGAACACUUCCUAAAACAACAUUUUAAAAAUUUACGUUUUCGACUAUAAAGAACCUGCAUUUGAAAUCUUCAGUGGAUGUUCAAGGUUCAACAUAGAACUACUGGUGCCAAUAAAAUACUUUGUACUUCGCUUCUGUUUUAUUUACACAUGUAUUAUAUAUAUAUAUUAUAUACAGAGAAAGAAUAUUAUUGGGAUCCCAAUUGUUUUCCAGUUAAUGAAAGAUAUAAACACUGACAUCCGAUCAGAAUCCACAAGACGUUAAAGAGCUUGAGCAUUUAAAGCGGCAGAAGACACAUCUGCAAUGCGCGCUUAUAAGAAACAGAACGUUAUGGACAUGUGGAUGCUAAUGUAGUCAUUAUUAUAGUUUUCAUUCUUGGUGUUAACAGGCCUUUUACACCGUGCCCAAAGCAGACAGGAUCAGACAGGUCGGCUGAAAACAAACGCCACGUGACGUGACAAUCACAGCUAAUUAGGGCAUAUCUGAAGUUUAGUAUGCAGCUGUGGUCAUCACUGUUAAGGGCAAAAAACGAGUUUACAUGAAAACAGAGGAUUUCGAGUUUGCUUUAGACGCGGUGUUCAGAGGAACAUGCUUUUGAACAAGAAUGGCUACCAGAUCAAAUAUUACCACAGCGUACAUAAACACAGACCUGAUUUACAUAUUUUGCCAUGGUUUAUUUAUUUUUUUUGUUUUUAGAGUUGCUUUCUAGCUUCUGUUUUCAGCAAAUUCCCUGUGUGCACUUAUCAUCGUGUUUCGGUGGCGGUCAAAGACCACAGCACAUAUAUGUUCUCUAACCUAUAAACAUAAUACCGUUUCGGAGGUUCAGUCAAUCCAUUACAAGCUUCAGAUCAAGUGUGGAAAAAUUGUAAAUGACGCUUACAACCUUUUGUAUAGAAAUUAUUCUUUUUGUUGUUAAAUACGUAAAAAUAAGCAGGAAUAUAUUUUCUAACCAAUAUAUGUUGUAUAUCAAAUUAUAAUUGCGCUUCCAUUUUAGUCAUAACAUGAAUAAUUGUAAAGAUGUUGAUGUGAGAGAUGUCCAAUUACAUUUUAAUAAAACUACACCACCUGAAGUACGUUUGAA